AUUCCCCUUCUAUCUCCCCCCUGUCUCCCCUCUUCCCUCUCUGUCUGGCCCGAGUUCUGGCCCCUUGACUCACCCGUCCACACACCUGCCUGCAGCUGCUCGCGGCACUACAACUUCAAUUUCCUCGUGCGAAAAGUUUUGGCGAGAAUGUCGGUCGGGAGGAGUGGGAGGCGAGAGCGGCUAAUAACUUUGGCCCGGAUGAGUGCCGCGAUGAGUCUGCCGCCACUCUGUGAUAGACGGAGCGCGCGCGUCUGCCUGACAAGUCGCGGCGGCGGCGAGAGGGGGGUAGGGUGGUGGGGGGUCCGGAGAUUGAUUUUCGUUGUAUGUAUCGGUAGUGUUAUUAUUUCUCGAGUCCGCAAACAGUGUCGAUCAUGAGAGCGGCGGCAGCUGGUGCGGCCGGGGCGAGGCCCGUCCUAAUGAUGCCGACCAGUCCCGGGCGGAGGCAAUCUACCGGACCCACCUCCGGCUGUCGGCCUCACCCCUCGCCCGGCUCCUGUUACAGGUCCGAUGGCCCCUACGCCUCCUAACCUGAACAACCUGACGGCCCCCGGGGCCGCGGCUCUCCCCGACGGGCUGCAGCAGCCGCACCGCCCGGAACAUGCGGCCCACCAUUUCGGGGGCCACCACGUCCCGCCGUACCCGGGGGCGGUCCCCGCACCGGCCCCCGCACCGGCCGCCGGUGGCGUCCACCACGCCCGGCCGCAGCAGCACGCCGAGCGGGACGCCUACCCCGACACCUACCCGGGCCAGUACGAGUUCGCCGUCAACCCGCCCGUCCACCGGAAGCCGCCACCGCCAGUGCCGCCCUACCCGGGCACCGAGCACCUCUACAACACCUACCCCAGCGAGGCCGUGGUGGUGAAGGAAGGCGGUAUGCCGCCUGGUGGGCUGGCGGUGCCCCCCGGGCCGGGAGGCCCCCCAGUGGGGCCCAGCGGUCCCGGUGGCGCGGGGGGCGCUGCCAUCGUAGUCCGUGCUGAGGAAGCGCUGCUCGUGCUGCUAGUGUUGGUCUUGUGGGUGGCCGCCAUCGCGCUCUUCUUCAACCGCUGGGGCAAGAUCCGCAUGCUGGAGCCGUACCAGCCCAAGUUCCAGCAGCACCGCCAGAGCUGCGCCCUCGUCGACAUCUCCGGCACGACGCAGCACCACCGCCUGUCCAAGCUGAACCUGCACACGCUGGGCGAGCCCGUAAUGCUGACGGGCCCCCCUGGCCCCGCAGCGCGCGCCCAGCUCCUCCGGCCCAGGCAGAACUCGGUGUUCGUCGGGGCGUCCCCGACUAUGCUGACCGCCCUGCAUAACCCGCCCAGGAAGGUCAAGUCAGCCAUGGACCUGCAGACGCUGGUGUUGUCUGAGCACGAGCCGGCACUGGGGCCGCUAGGGCCCAUCGGGGCCACGACGAGCGCGUCGGUGCUGCCGACGUGCAGUCCCAGCAUGCGGAGGGCUUCGCAUGUCCCCGUCGGCUCGGUGCCUCUGGGCGCCAUUCGCCAUCACGCGUCGUUCUCGCACGCGUCCUUCUCGGAGCACCAGCCGUCGUGCUCGUACCACCGAUUUGAACUGCGCGCGCCCGGUGGCCUGCCUAGUGGGCUGGCGAGCAUCCCGGGCCCAAGUACGUCUGGUGAGCAGCACAGAGCCGAGCGCCUCACCAGCAUGGACCGGUACAGCCAUGGCUCUAAUGUCUGACACAGGCCUUCGCACUACUGGUCCCACGCUUUCAUCAACCAGGUGCGCAGGCAGUCCGCUGUCGUAUAGCGAAGGGACUAUUGGACGGAAGACACUGUGGAGUUGAGCGAGCGGCGCUCGUCUGCUUACGUUUGAGCGUCCGUGGCCCACUGGUGGCAACGUAGUUCUGCAGGGAAAUGGGGGGGGGUCCGUCUUAGCUGCUUAUUCCUGUGUUCAUUUUUAAUCAAAAGUAGUAGUUUUUCAGAUUGGAAACUCAAGUGUGAUACAGUCUGACGGUUGUAGCUCCAAGACCGGCCAUCUCAGUCUUUCAACUCUGAGACCUCAUGUGUAUCACAUUUACAAGUGUAAGACGGUCGCACAAUGUCGCACGCAGGUCAGGGGUCCGUAACUUAACACACAAGUGUUCCUUAACGUUAUUUUAAGUCAUAACUUUAACCGAAACCAUAACGUUUAACCCACCUCUGGGACGAUAAAUAACUGAUUUGUUUCAAUGCGGGCGGAAAACGUGUGCAAACAUUGACGGUUUGGAUGUUCGGACGAAGUUAAGAGUAGAACAGGCUUAUUUUAAUCUGUUUCCAUUCCACAAACAUUAGUUUAUGUUACGUUAAGUUACAGACCCCUGGUCGCACGUAAACGUAGUCUUGGACCACUAGACCAAACAUGGCUUGCAAUUAAGGCGCGCUUAUGGUCUCACGGUUGUUUGUGUGACAGACAUGAAGUCCCACACUUAUGAGUGUGAGACUAGUAGACUGACACUUGUAAGAAGUAGACACCUGGAUUUUCUCUUCCAACUGUGAUACUUCAUCACACUUAGAUUUCCAAAGCAGUUGAGUAAAUAAUUACAAAGUUUUCGUUAUACAUCUGCUUCAUCGGGCUCUGUGCUUUAUUAUUUUGUCGCGUCAGACUCACUGCCAGGGCAGGGAACUCUCUACACCCACACGUCUUUGUACUGCAUGUUUCCAGUCUAGUGUCCGUAAAUCACUUUUCUAUCACGGGCAUUCAGUGUGUAUAUUUUACCGGCCGUCACUCGCAG